AUUCAUAGUGAUAUGCCUCCAUGGCACUUGCAUCAGGAGAGAGAGGCAACAAGAGUGCCUGUCACUCAUUUGGGAGACAUUAUGUUGAUCAUGAACCAAAUCCUCCAUUUCAAGUACUUCUCCUUAACAAUACCAUGGAAAGAGAGGCUACUCAAAUACCACCUCGUACAUUCUCUUCACGAGUUGAAAGAGAGGCUACUCGGAUACCAAGAGAUGCAUACACUUUACGAGAACAUAAUGAAGACUCAAGACUAACGCAAGAUGAGAAAAAAUCAGCUUUGGCAAAACUUAAAAAAUCAGUUUAUAAUCCAACACUAAAAAAACUUUCAAAAAGACUCAGCUUGUAUUACAGAAAUCACAACCAAAGUAACGAUUAUAAUGAAAAGAAAACUCGCGAUGAUCAUGAUGAUGAUAAUGAAAAAUGUACAAUUUGUUUAGAGGAUUUUGAAGCUAAAGAAGUGGUUAUGGUCACACCAUGCAAACAUAUGUUUCAUGAGGAAUGUAUCGUGCCAUGGGUGAAGGAACAAGGUUGUUGUCCUGUUUGCAGGUCCGUAUUUUACGAGCCAACUAGAUCAAGAAAUUCAUCGACCAUGAAUACCAACGGUGUUGGUGAUGUUACGGUAAAUUUGGUAACAAAUGAUAAUGUAUCUUUGAUAGAUCUAAUUUCGAUUGUAACUGCCCUCGAGCAUGAUCUCUUUUUUACUAAUUUAGCACGUUGAAGUAUGAUUAUUAUAAGUGUAUACUUCUUAUAAUUGAAUGAUAAAUAAUGGUUUCUCUAA